CCCCAUUGUAAUCUCUUUAAACUCAUUACCAAGGCUCAGAACAAGUUGAUGUUAUUAGAUUUCUGUUAAUCCUAGGUUGUCUCUAAAGCCUUCUACAGCACUCUCUUUGUAGGGAACAGACAGAGACUAUCUGUGUUUGUCCUAUGUCUCACAAAGCAGGAACUGAUGCAGCGAGGACCCCAGAAAAAGAUGGGGGAAAGAGUCACCCUGUUACAAGAAACAAAGAAGGAGAAGAUUCUGGAAAGAAAGGAGCAGCAGGGCGACAUGACGACUGCAGGAAAGGUCAGACUGGGGGAAAUCAUGACAGGAAGAGCCCUCAUGGUGGUCAUCAUGAGGGCCACCAUGCUAAUGGCAGGGGACAUCACAAAGGGAAACGGGUGAGUGACACCCAGAGCAUUACAACAAAGACUUAUUCACCAUUCUUGAAUGCACUCUUCAGCAAGGAAAGAGACUUGGCGCCAGAGGAGAUGGAUGAACUUCAUGCUGCCUUCUUGGAAUUUGAUGUGGAUCAGGAUGGAUACAUUGGAUACAAGGAGUUGGGUGAAUGCAUGAGGACUAUGGGAUAUAUGCCAACUGAGAUGGAACUCAUAGAAAUCUCCCAGCACAUCAAGAUGAGGAUGGGUGGCCGCGUAGACUUUGAGGAUUUUGUGGAACUAAUUGGUCCAAAGAUGCUAGCAGAAACAGAAAAUAUGGUAGGAGUGAGAGAACUCAAGAUUGCUUUCAGAGAGUUUGAUGUGAAUGGGGAUGGACAUAUAAGUGGUUUAGAACUAAGUGAUGCUGCUCAGAGUUUUUUGGGAGAACCUCUCAAUCCAACUGAAGUGCAGGAAAUAAUUCACGAUGUCGAUCUGAAUGGAGAUGGGAGAGUCGACUUUGAUGAGUUUGUCAUGAUGUUGUCAUCCAGAUAACAUUUGCAGACAAGGUUAUACCACAGCAUGAAUGGACAUCCGUGAAAGGGCCCUGCUACGCAACUGUGUUCAAAUGGGAUCACUGGUUUUAACUUUUUUGUAAUUAUGGUAACAUUAAACAGUUACAAGCCAUGUAAAA